UCCAGCUCUCUUUAGCCUUUAUAUACAUUGGCUUCUGCCUUGGCAGAAUUUGUGUAAACAUCUCUUAGAACAGAACUGUCUUAGCUGAUUUUAGCCUAUACAUAUAUAACAACAAUGUCAGGAAAUGGGAUCAAUCUCCUUGGGUUUCAGACUUAUGUUAUUAAAGUACGUAUGCACUGCCAAGGGUGCCAACAGAAAGUGAAGAAACUUCUCCGGACAAUUGAAGGCAUUUUCACCUUUUCCAUUCUGUUCUUAGCUCUUUUAUUGUAGCUUUUCAGUAACCUUUGCAAAUAAUUUCUUUGGAGUUUCUUGGUAAAUAAGAACAUAAUACAUGUUUUUUUUUUUUGCUGUUUUUCUUCGACUUCGUGUUCAGGUGUUUACUCAGUUAAUAUAGAUGCAGAAAACCACAUGGUGAUGGUUUCAGGCAGGGUAGACUCUGCUACUUUGAUCAGGAAGUUGGUAAGAUCUGGAAAACAUGCAGAGCUUUGGCUUCCAAAGUCUUAUCAGAAACUUAACCAAGGAAAAUCGAACAUGGGAAGAGAUGAGAAGGGCAUCAUCGAUGGCCACAAUGGCUUCGAAUUCGAAACUAGAAAAAUGUAUCCCUCUUUCCUAGGCAACGAUUUACAGGAUAAUUGGCAUCUUGACAACUAUCUUAACCCGAAUAUUGAAAUAAAAGGUGGGAUUGAUCACAGUCAGAUGGCAGUAGCCAAGGUGGAAGAUACUUACAUGAGAAACGGACUUGCCAUGGAAAAUCAAAUGAAUAGAUCCAUAAUGGCUCCUGCACUGUUUAGUGGCAAUGAAAACCAUGACUUCCGUGGUUUUCAAGAGCUCUCUGCAAGGCCAGUUUAUGGAUAUGAACAGCUCCCAUCCAUGGCGACAAACAGCAUUCAGACUCAUUACUACUUUAACCAUUCAUCUCCACAGACUAUGGAUGUGGACAACAGUAUGAUGGCCAAUCCCAACUACAUGCCUCAACCCCAAAUGAUGAAUUAUAGAUCUUCCUUUAUCCCCCACUAUGAUGAUUUUGGCCUCGGUUCGUCACCAUUCUCUUACUAUUGAACAGGCAAGAAUAGUUUUGUCGAAAAGAAAGAAGACAUGCAGUCUUCCACUAGAACUUGCUUAGCGUAAGUCAAAAUGUCGUUCUCAAUUCUGCUCACUGUUAAUUAGUUUUCUAUAAAUUUUCCUUAUUUUCCUUCUGGGAAA